AUGCAGAGGAAGGAGAUCGAAUGCCCCAGGCGCGACAAACGCUAUGUGCUGAAGCUCUUUGUUGAGAAAUGGCCUAGACCAUACACUCGGGCCAUGGCAGCGAAUAGCUUCGGUAUUCACGACAAUACCAACGACAUUAUCACCAUGAAUUGUCCGCAGCACGAGUCGAUGCCACAAGAUCACUUCAAUCAGAUGCCGCACUCGCACAUCACGCACCGAUCAGAUGCCCACGGGCAACAUUCACGGACGCGCGGACCACAUUGGAAUCGGCAGAGCACAAAACCAUUUCGACCAUCGAUGUUCUUCUCUUCUUCUUCCUCAACAUCCGACACUCACCAACCUUCCUCGCCGUUCCACUCUCAUCAACCAUCCUUCAUCGACAUCACUCUGGAUCCCACAGCAUUUACCUUUCAGCCUGCCUCAGCAUACAGAGCACAACACAAUCAGUCGCAAGCUCUCACUAUCGAUCCGCUGUCCUUUUGGUGGCAACUUCCUGACUGGACUCCAAGACCUCACACAUCCCUCGACACUAUGGACACUCAGCCAGUCAUCAUCGGCUUCGGCCCAAAGUCGCGCUAUGGCAAACCUGCGCACAUCGACAUGCCGAGGCGGAGCCACUUCAAGCCGGAGCUAGUUGAUGUCUACAUCGCGGAUGAGUUUGUUGAAGCGAUCCCGCGCAAAGAUCUCGUGCGCUUCUCCAUUGCGGCGGCGAAGGCUUUCCCAAGGCCUGUCAAGUCGAGCACCAAAGCUCAAGUAGUGCCGAUCGCUGAGUCUUCGAAUCAGCCGCAAUCUCCUCGAGAUUCUGGCUACCAAGGAAGCCCAAAACUACCCGCGGGUUCCAGGGCCGGCGCCUUACCUGUGCAGACCGGGAAAAUUCUGCCUUCUCCAGACCACUCUAGCGCUCCGAAGGGUCGGAAGCAGCUCAGGCUGUUCUUGGAUGCCCCCGAGAUGCCGUCAUUCGAAGCUGUCCAGUCCGCACUCAAGUGGAUGAAGGACAACGCCGACGCCGAUGGCAGCGCACGACUCCUUGACUUUGGUCCAAGCUCACUCGAAGACGCACAGCUGAUCGAUCUUAUCGAUCUCUAUCAGACUGCCCUCUGCUUCGAUCUGCGGCCAUUCCCCAAGCGCAUUAGAAUCGAGAUCCUCAAUCGCCUCACCACUAACCGCCCUGACGUCAACACAUUCCGCCAGCUCUCCCGCUUCCUUCCCCUCGACGACUCGGCCAUCAAGAGGUCCAUCAAUUCCUUUCACGACUUCUGGCGCGCGAAGGAGUAUACGGCUGGCGAGCUUGCUGAGUUCGACGACUUUCUCGCGCAGGACGAGAACAAGGACUUCGAGAGGAGACUUGCUCAGAUCUUCAAGGCGCGCCGCGUGGCGCACGCAAAGGGCCUUGAGGAUGCGAAGGCGACCGGAGACCACACAAAGCAUGUUCCGCAGAAGGGUGCCCUGCGGUCGGGCCGCGGAGUCGCAGCACAUGGGCAGACGGCCGACACUGGGCUCUCUACUAAGCAGAAUGUCGAGGGAAAGGACAACCAUCAGAAGACUACAAAGGUGACCAAGGCCAUGUCGAAGCAGGCCGGCAAGGAGGACGCCGCGGACGGCACGAAGGGAAGCAAGAAAUCCGAACAAGUCGCCACCGAUAACUCUAGCGAGGGCAAAGAAGUUGGCGAAGUUUCUGAGGCGUCACCUGGUGGUCGUCGUCGUCCUCGACGUGCUCAGCAGGCUCGAGGGAAGGCUCUGACAGCUGAGGCCGAAGCCAAAGCCUAG